AUGUGCGAUUUGGAUAUGAAUCAUACGCAUUAUUUGCUAUUGGAUGACAAGAGAGGAGCUGGAUCGGAGUGGAAAAAUAUGCAUAGUGGUCAAAAAAUAAACUGUCGAGCAGAUUUGAUUUUGGAUUUACGUUCUGAAAUCGAAGAGGAGUCAACCUUUAUCUGGAAUCCGCCAACAAUUACAAACAAACUUACGCCAGCGAUCGCUAUUAUUGUAGAGAAGACAGCCAACUUAUUUUCGAAAAUUAACGAUCUCUCAACAGAAGAGCAGACUGAGUUAAUAGUGGAUAUUGCUGAAGAUCUAAAGGCAGUAUUGCUAGCCGAUAUUGGGAAAGCAACAUCAGAAAGAAAAAGUAUAUCACAUUUACGAGAAGCAUCUCGUCAAGCAAAUGUUUUAAAAACAAAUGUAGACAAAUUUCAAGAACUGCUGUCGCCCUCAAAAUGCCAGACAUCUUUCAAUGAAAGAAAACAGCUAGCUGAAGCAAUGAUGAUAAUGGCAAAUAAGCUGCAUACAGGUGAUAAGAGGAUCGAAAAUGCUGAUCGUUAA